AACGGCAAGAGGUUGCACGGCCACGGCGAGGCUGCACGGGCCUAUCCGCAAAAACCUCCACCCCAGUACAGUACCCCACCACCACCAUGGUCCAGACUCCAGACUCGAGAGAGAGAUAGAGGUGCGCCUCCCCGUGAGCCGGGGGCAACUGGUGGGCGGCGUCCUCCUCUUUGCGCAGCAGGUUCUCGCGUCCCCCUCCCGGCAGCCUCUCUCCCCCACCGCGAUCGGCGGCAAAAGGCGAUCGUCCCACCCAGAAUUUUCCCCCUUCCCCCGCACCUUUUCUUACCCACGCGAACAGCCUACCAGCCCUAUCAUCGCGCCGGUCUCGGCGGCCUGCCGGCCUCGUCGCACCCUCUCCCAGAGUAGUGGAUUAAUGCUUUUAUCGAGGUGAUGAAAGGAACCAAAAGUGACUAAUGGGAAAGAAACAAAGCUUGUUCACUGUUCUAAACAAGGAGGUUUAAUCUGAUGCAGUCUCAAAAGAGCAGAGUUUUGGGAGCAAUGUCAUCCUCUUUGCCUAUUCUGCCAAAUCCUUUGAAAGGGAGCUUCCCAAAGCCUUGUAACCCCCAGCAUAUUCCUAUGUCGAGGCAGCUGCCUGAUGACUCUAUGCCCUUGCGUAAUGACAUACAUCAGUCUGCUAGUUUGCACCCAAGAGCUGGUGUUAUCGGGGCACCAUAUUCAGGCUACUCUGCUAGUCCACUUGAUUCUGUGUCUAACCAUGAUAGCCAGUCAAUGGUUGCACCCUAUAUUUCUCAGUCAUCCAGUUUUGAGUCUUUCCAGUCUCUAUCUGAUACUACCCCAGGAACACACACUGAGGCAGCCUGGUUCACAUCUUCUAUGGAUGUUUCACCACUCUACACAGAUAAUAUUGCUGCUCCUGAUGAUAAUCAAAUCCAGAGUAUACGUCCUGCUAUGACAUCUGAUGAGACUGCUAAACAAAAUGAUUGGUGGGCAGAUAUAAUGAAUGAUGAUUGGAAAGUUAUUCUAGACGCAACAGCUACUGAUUCACACUCAAAAGCCAUGAUUCAAACUUCCAACUCAGCUACAUCACUACCUGCAGUAAACCAGUCAGCUUCAUCUCAUAGUAUGGAGAUUUGCCCAGUUGCUAGUCCUCCCAAUAGCAGCAAUGCUUCAGUUGCUAAACAACGGAUGAGAUGGACCCCAGAACUCCAUGAAUGUUUUGUAGAUGCUGUAAAUCAGCUUGGCGGUAGCGAAAAAGCUACUCCCAAGGGCGUGCUAAAGCUUAUGAAAGUUGAUGGUUUGACUAUAUAUCAUGUCAAAAGCCACCUGCAGAAGUACCGCACAGCUCGCUAUAAACCAGACCUGUCUGAAGGUGCAUCGGAAAAAAGGACAGCCACUGAAGAGCUAGUCCUGGACCUGAAAACGAGCAUGGAUCUUACUGAAGCGCUGCGCCUUCAGAUGGAAGUCCAGAAGCGUCUUCAUGAACAGCUUGAGAUUCAGAGAAAAUUGCAGUUGCGGAUUGAAGAGCAAGGAAAGUAUCUGCAGAUGAUGUUUGAAAAGCAGAGUCAAUCAAGCACGGAUAAAGUCCAGGAUCCAUCCUCAAGGGAUACAGUGGCAAAACCAUCAUCUACCCUGAGCCAAUCUUCAAACAAGGAUAGUGGUGCAACCAUGGAUCCAAAUGGAACAGGAGACAGCACGAAGACUGCAAAACUGGGAGAACGAUCGUCUGGAUCAGGUGUCAACCAGAAACUUGUAGAGAUCGAAUCUGAUACUGAAGGAGGUACAGACGAUGGAUGUAAGAUCUCCCAAGAGAAGCGGCACAAACUGCAAGAUAGUUAACAUAUCGGUUGCACCAUUCAGAUAUAGCUGUUCAACCCGUUGCUUGGUCAAAAAUUGGUAUCAUCAGUGUGUCCAAUUCUACUAUUGAUCUGUAUGUCUAUUGAUGAGUUGUACCGAUCUUUAGCUAGCUAUAUUUAUAUUUAUAAAGGAUCCAAAGGAGGAGGAAAAGGAGAACCUCCUUGCAGCCGUGUUUAUAACAUUAGCAAUAAGAGCUAUACCCGAAGUGGGGUAAAAUAAGGCCUUGAAGUUAGCUGUUUCUUGAUUUCUUUUGUUUGGUUGCGUGGUGAGGUGGUCGCCGAGUUGAUGUAGAUGACCACAUGAAUUUAUUGGAAGAAAGCCAGUGCUUUUCCCUA